UCAUUGUGGCGUGAGUUUGGCAUUUGGCCAAAACAUUCGAGAAGAAACUUUGGCUUUUGGUUACGAGAAACUUAUUAAUUUUCGAAAAAAUGUGUAGCACGGAACAGAAACCUCUUUUCAGGGAUCUCACGGCUGAAGAUCCUGAGCCGGAAGUCACAGAAAUAGAGUCUUUAUGCGUCAAUUGUUUUACAAACGGUACAACUAGACUUCUAUUGACGCGCAUCCCACACUACAAGAAUGUAGUGAUUAUGUCAUUCAGCUGCCCGUCAUGCGGGUAUGAGAACAAUGAGAUCCAACCUGGUGGGGCCACCGCUGAGUUGGGCAUCAGAUGGAAACUCCGCGUGGAAACCAGCGCAGACCUAAACCGGCAGGUGGUUAAGAGUGAUUACACAUCUGUGAAGAUUCCAGAAAUUGAUUUUGAGAUUCCAGCACAGAGUCAGAAAGGAGAGGUGACUACCGUGGAAGGAAUACUGACUCGUGCUGUGGCAGGGCUGAAACAAGAUCAGGAGAAGCGAAGGACGGAGCACCCUGAUGCUGCGGCACAAAUAGAUGCCUUCAUUGAAAGGUUGGAAGCCCUGCGAUCACUCGCCACGCCGUGGACUCUGCUGCUUGAGGAUAUCAGUGGCAACUGCUUCAUAGAGAACCCAGAGGCUCCUCAAAAGGACCCGCGAGCUGAAAGUACAGAUUUCAAGCGAACCAAGGAGCAGAAUCACGUACUAGGCAUCUAUACACAUGAAGAGCCGUGUGACGAUGACUCUGAUAGUGUCUCAGACAGCCUCCCCGGUACCCUGACGCCUGCAGACCCUAGUCAGGGCUCCUACGACCGUCUUGUUAAAGACGAAGUCCUACAGUUCAGAACCAACUGUCCCGACUGCAACGCGCCUGCCGAUACCAACAUGAAGCUUACUAAUAUCCCGCACUUCAAAGAUGUAGUGAUCAUGGCGACUGUAUGUGAUGCUUGUGGACAUCGGACCAAUGAAGUAAAGUCUGGCGGUGGAAUAGAAGACAAGGGUGUCAGGUUCGAGGUCCGCGUCGCAAAUAGAGAGGACUUUUCAAGGGAUAUCCUAAAGUCGGAAACCUGCAGUAUGUCAAUACCGGAACUUGACCUAGAAGUGGGGGGCAAAGCCCUAGGGGGCCGCUUUACUACCGCGGAAGGCCUUAUCAGGGCUUCGGUGGAACAGUUGAAGUGUGCGCCCGCGCUUACAGGAGACGCACCCGGAUUGGCUAAGGAGCGCCUCGAACAAUUCACGGAAAAGCUGGAAGAGGUUUUGGAGAGCAAGCGAGCCAUCACCAUCAUCCUGGAUGAUCCAGCCGGCAACUCCUAUGUGCAGAACCUUAAUGAUGAUCCAGAGCAAUACGAUGAUGGCCUCAAAGUGACUCGCUACGAGCGAACGUACGAGCAAAACGAUGAACUUGGCCUCAACGAUAUGAAGACUGAAGGAUACGAAGAAGAAAGUUAAAAAUAUUCCACUAUGUUAUAUUGUAAUACUUUGUAAUAUAAAUAAUAAGCUAUAAAUAAAUUAUUUGCGUUA